AUGAUGAUGAUGAUGAUGAUGAUGAUGAUGAUGAUGAUGAUGAUGAUGAUGAUGAUGAUGAUGAUGAUGAUGAUGAUGAUGAUGAUGAUGAUGAUGAUGAUGAUGAUGAUGAUGAUGAUGAUGAUGAUGAUGAUGAUGAUGAUGAUGAUAAGGAGGAGGAGGAGGAGGAGGAGGAGGAGAAGGGGGAUCAGAAAUGCCAAUUGUAUUUGCUAA